AUGAGCCAGCCUGCGCCGCUCGAGGACAAGAAGGAACUAACAACGGAAGAGCGGCAGAAGUCGUUCCGGAAGCGCGUGGAUCAAAAUGAUCCGCCGACGAAGGACGUGCCCUUGUCCAAGGACGGUUCGGCCACUUCCGAGGACCUGAAGGAGCCGGUCAGCUGCGGGACCCCCUUGAAAAGCGCCAGGGUGAGCUGGGGUGUCCUGAAAUCCAUGAAGUUGGGCAAAAAUUUCCAAUUUUUUUGGAGUUUUUGCGAUUUUUUGCGGGUUUUUGGAGAAAAAUCACGAGGAAUGUGCGUAGGCCGAUGAAGAAUGCAAUGGUUUUAUAGGAAAUUCUGUUCUGACAAGUCUCAAUUCUUGCUUGAGAAAUUUGGUAGGGUUUGCAUUGCGAUGCAUGGUUUUAUUCAUCUUUUUCUCUCAAAAAUCGACAUAAAAUAAGGUAAAUUCAAUAAAAUUUGCUCAAAAAAUGUGAAAAAUCGCUUUUUAAUGUAGCUUUAAGUCUCUGAGAAUACAGUAGGGCCCACAGAAAACCAUUUGAACACCUAAGUUGGCUUUUUUUUGGCCACCAUUUGUCAUCAAAAACACCUAAAAUAAGGUAAAGUCAUCAAAAACAGCCCCGGAAAAAACCACUUGUAACCCACUGCAAUGCCGAGGAAUCCACUUUUCAGGACUUUGCAAAGCAACCACUGAACAUCAAAGCGCUGAUUACCCAGCAUUUUCAAGGCCCUCCGUCUCGCAUGGACUACAACAUUGACGAAAUUUACGAGGUUCUGGAGCAGGCCAAGGCCUCGUUCAUGAAACAACCGUCUCUGUUGGAGGUCCGACCCCCAAUGAACAUCUGUGGAGACAUUCACGGACAGUUCACCGACCUCAUGAACAUUUUUAACGUAAAUUUUUUUGUUGUUUUUCAGUAUAAGGUCGCCAAGUGUAAUGCUCAGAUUUUUUUCAAAUUUUGCGAAUACGUUAGACAUGAGCCACAUAUCAAUCUCUGAAAGUUUUAGCUCGCGCUUUGCAGCCGCAGCCGAGAUAUUGAACGAUCUUUGCGGCCAAGAGAGUACGCGAAAUGCGGAGAGUGGUCAGACGAAAACACUUUUUUUGGCCGUAUCUUUGCCGGUUUCGCGCGGAAAAAAUUGAUUUUUUGUGGAAAUGUUACACUCUACAGUAGAAAUAAGUACGCAACUUUUCAUAUCGAAAUUCGCAAAAAAAAACGUCUUCUGUUACAUGAAUUUUUUUAAUGACUUUCAAUUUUUUUUGAUUACAAAUGAGAAGAUCUCGUGUUUUAGUCGGUGGGACUCCCAUUCAAAAAGAGUUAUCUGUUCUUGGGCGACUACGUGGACCGAGGACGCCAUUCGUUGGAGGUGAUCAUGUUGUUGUUCAUGUUCAAGAUCCGAUAUCCGGACAACACGUUCCUGCUCAGAGGAAACCAUGAGCUGAAGAACAUCAACAGGUUGGUUUUUUUUGGCGAUUUGAAGGCUAAAUUUGAGAGAAAAUUGGGUUUCUGAUGUUAGUCAUGUGUAAGGUUGAAGAAGUUGAUGAUGAUCAAUUUUGAUCUCGGAUAUGGGUGAAACUUGAAAUAUAGGAAGCAAGUGGCGCUAUAAGGCAUUGCUGAAAGUUUCAGACCAUUAGCUAGCAUAGGAAUUGAGUUAUACUCCUUCAAACUUCAGCCCCUCCACUUUUGCCUAGUAUAAUAUAAAAAUGUGAAUUUUCAGAGUCUACGGGUUCCGUGCUGAGCUGCGUUCCCGGUUCCGCCUCGAUGGUGACAAUCUGUACGUCAAGUUCAACGAGGUCUUCUCCCACAUGCCGCUGGCUGCCAUCGUGGGGAAGCGAAUCCUGUGCAUGCACGGCGGCCUGUCGCCGCUGCUCAAGACGCUGGACGACAUUCGGCGGAUACAGCGCGGCAAGUUGACGCUCGAAAAGGACUCGAUCGAGCAGGACCUGCUCUGGGCUGAUCCCGAGUACGGAAUCAAGGGGUUCCAGAAGAAUGAGAUGCGAGGCGUCUCCUAUUACUUUGGAGCUGAUGUGGUGAAGAACAUGUGCAGACGGCUGGACAUUGAUGUGGUCAUUCGAGCGCAUCAGGUACGUCAAGAUUUGGUGGAUAAUUUGGCUUGGUUUAGGUGGUGGAAUAUGGGUACGCCUUUUUCGCCAACCGUUCGCUGGUCACCGUGUUCUCCGCCGCUCGCUAUCAUCCCGACACUCCGAAUUACGGCGCCGUCGCUCAAGUCGGCAAGGAUUUGGAGCUGAGCUUCAUGCAGUUGAAACCGAAAGAGGCCAAGGAACCGUGCACCACAACCGGCAGGAAAUUUAUCCGCACCAUGGACGAGGACGAUGAUGAGACUCCGCAACCGGCUAAACCACACUGA